ACGGUAGUCCUUACGUACGACAGAGAUUCCAAUUGAUGAAUUUACCGUUGUCAGAUGUAGAAUUAUUAUUGAUUUGGCAUUUUCAGACGUAGUUUCGUGGAUUCAUGAUGCGGGAAUUAGAUCUGCAGUAAUGUUACCUUCAAACAACGACAAUAAUUGAUUAUUACGGUAAACAUAGAGAAUCCCGGCUUGUACCAACCUGUGUUGUCUUCCACCCACAAUUCAAAUCUUGUGCCGAUUACAUGAGUCUACUGUACCCUAUUGUCCUUCACCCACAAACCUGCAUCCCAUGGGUUCAGGUGCAGGCAAACCUGUUGUGAGUCCUUCGGCAACCCCAGCCUACACAUUUUGUUAUAGCGGUGCUGGUGGUCUCCCUACCGGUGUCAGCCCACGGGAAGCCGGUGAUAGUGUUGGUGUGGGAGUCCAAGCAGGUUCAUCAUCAACCUACCCAAGUGGGGACAAUACCACAAGUAGGCCAUCCAGCCAACAAAGUAUUUACGGGGAAACUGUAGACGAAAACUGCAAUAUGGUGUGUGAAGCCUGUUCAACAUCUUUUCAUAUCUUCAAAAGGAAGUACCGUUGUACAGACUGUGAUAAAUACUACUGCUCCAAUUGCUUCAUUAAAGAACCUCGGAAAUGUUGCAGUGCAUGCAGUGCCAUACAACAGAGCCCCACAAGGGCAGAACUAAUGACCCUGAAGAUUAAGGAUCUCAGGUUGUAUUUGAACACUCAUAGUGUGUCAACCCAGUCUUGUAGAGAGAAGGACGAUCUUGUGGAUCUAGUGAUGCAGUAUGUCCAAGCACAUCCUCAACCAUCGGUUCGAGGUAAUGCGGGAAGGGCGACACGGUCCUCGGCUUCAACAUCAUCGAACAACAGGACCAGCACAGCAAGACAGCCUGGAAAUCGGGCAAGUCACCCACAGGCACAGCAGCAGCAGCAACAGGAACAGCAGCCGCAAGGACAGAGAGUGACCCAGAGGUUUGAGGAGAUAGUCAAUGACAUUUUCUCCAGAUUGUCUGAUCAGGGAACAGGGAGCAGUGUUGAUCCACCAAACUUUAACUUCUUUACUAAUACAUCUACUGGAUCUCCUGGGGAAGGGAUGACCAACAACACAUUCAACAGUACUAGUUAUUCUGGAAAUGACCAGAGAUCACAGUCAAGGACAGCAUGGACUAGUGGAAAUUCUGCAGCAUCAAACACAGCUACAACACCUCCCCAAGAGAGCAUGCCAUCUCAACAACACGAGGAAGCAACAUCCACUCAGAAUACAGAGCAAACGCCUGUCCAACCAUUGAGGAAACGAGCAUCACUUAGUGAUGUCGAGACUGUAGAAGGCAUCGACUCACUCUCCAUUAAACAACUCAAGGAAAUAUUAACAGCUAACUUUGUCAACUACAAGGGAUGCGUUGAAAGAUAUGAACUCCAGGACAGAGUCAAAAGGUUAUAUGAAGAGAAAGAGCAUCGUAAAAGGAAAGAAGAGAAAAAAGAUUCAAGGAUUGCAAAGGAAGGUGAAGAAGUACCAAUGGAUGAUGAAGAAGAGAGCACUCUUUGCAAGAUUUGCAUGGAUGCUGAGAUUGACUGCGUUCUACUUGAAUGUGGCCACAUGGUCACGUGUACAAACUGUGGCAAGCGUAUGAAUGAGUGCCCUAUCUGUAGGCAGUACGUUGUAAGAGCAGUACACAUAUUCAAGGCAUGAUAGCCUAAAGACCCUCAUUCACAGUAGAGUACAUGUACUUUCAUAAUGGUCAUUUAUUCUUUAUUGGAAUAUGGCAAUUCAUAAUUUAUACAAAUUAUGUUUUUAAAACUAAUAUUUGCAUCAUGAAUAUGCUACCAGGCAAGUCAAAAAAAAUGCUCACACCUAAACAUGUUUUGGAUACCCUAGAAAUAUUUGUAUGAGAAGUAGAUGUUUAUAUACAUCAUUCAUAUGAAGAAAGUUUUAUCUAGAAACUAGUUGGUAUCAAUCAUUUUGAAGCAAAUCUUCAUGUUUGGAUAAAUGAAAAAAAUCAAUUCACACCAAAGACAUGCCUGAUGAAGAGACAAAUACUCUUCGAGUUGAUUCCUCUCUCUCUUCUACAGUAAUCCAACUCAAGUUGUCAUUAUUUUAGGAACCUUUGUGUAAAACUUCUUUAUGAUAUCAAAAUGGAAUAUAAAUUUGGGUGUAUAAUCAUAAUAAGUUUUGGAUUUGGCAUCCCAGUGGAUUGUCAGAGGUUUCUACCAAUUUACAUUGUAAAUCCCAGGUUAAUUGUAAUAUUAUAAAUCUGAUAGUCUACAUGUACAUAAAUGUUCAUUAUGCAAUGAUAAUCCAGCUUCUAAUGGGUAACUGCGAAAGUGCUGUAGUUUUAUACUGCCUCAAAACACAAUAGGGAGAGAGAAUCAUCAAUAAUUUCCUCUGUUUUCAAUAUAGAAUAUAAGAAUGAUAAAAUACACGUAUGUAAAUUACUUUGGCACAAAUUUAUUUUGCACUCUUUCACCAAUGCCCCCUCAUCCACACGACCAUAACUUGCACUAAAAUAAUAUCAGAUGAUUUGGGAUAAUACACUCUUUUAUGUGAUGUUUACAAAUUUACUAUUUUGAAGUCAUUUCUGAAGUAAUUAGCCAUGGUUAAGGUGUUGUGGGUUUUUUUUUACUUGCCAUGUAUACUGCAUCUUUAUUGUCACUGUAGAGGGGAAGAUGUAUACAUUAACGAAUUGUAAAACAGAAAAAUAUAUUUUGAGUGCAGAUUUCAUUUGGUUGAGGUAAUUUCUAUAGUUAUUAAAAAGCAUUUUGACUGUGCAAUCUUUCUUUCAUAAUUCAAAGAGUCCACCAAGGGUUUUUUUCUUGAUGAAAACUUUUUUCUUUGCCACUUUUUAAAAAAUUUUCUUUUGUUUUGAUCUAUAUUCCCAUUAGGGAAAAUCUGCAGUGUUUUAAUCCAUCAUGUUUGAAGAUUAUGAAUACUUUUAGUAAAUUCUUUGACUUUCAUUCCUCAUAUAGACUCCAUAAAAAUAGAUCUCAAGACUCUUUCCUAUCACAAGGCAUUGUUCCAUGUCUGUCUGUCUGUCUCACCCUCUCUCUCCUCUUUCUCCAUAAUACUACUAUAGAAAUUCUGUAUAACAAAGUCCUUUUCUAUAAUUGACUAUAUACUGAGUGUCCACUGUAAAAUUUGUCCCAAAUGCUGCUUCGCGAUAUAUUUUCUAUUUUGUUCAUUGUUGUCAAAUAAUUAAAAUCAAAUCAUGAUUGAUAAAGUUAAAAUUUUACAUCUCACUUGUGUAACUAUCUGAAGGUAAUCAUGUCAGUUGUACCUUAAUUUUGACAUAAGUAAUUUAAAGGUAGUGUACUACAUACAAUGCAUAAAGUAAUUAAUCUACCGUGGAAAUGAACCAUGGGGCCUGAGGGGUUAUGAGGUUUUGCAUGGUUGAAUGUUUGUGCUUUUCUGUUUGCCAAUACUCCAAAUAUAAAAGCAAGACACCAACACAUUUCCUGGUGAAAUCACAUAGAAAUACAGUAUGCACCUAUUGUUACAAAUCAUAAGUAUUCAUCACUAGAUCAAUCGAUUGUAUUCCAAAAUUUGAUAGUAGUGUGAAACAAAUGGAAUGACACUGAGCUUAGUCCAUGUUACACUUACUCCAGGAUAAGAAAAAAAUAUUUCUUAAGAAAUUAUCAGUAAGAUACAGAGAAGGCUGUAUCAUGGUACAUGUAGAAUAUUUCUAAAGGACACAUUUUUUUCAGUGAAGGUUUGCUGUCAAUGUCCUGGUUUUGGUUUUUAUUUUUCUUUUAUUGUUUAUAUCUUACCUACUUAUAUAUUUUAUAUUGAGUUUUAAUUAAGUAUGGCCAUUUGUUCUUGCUUUAGAAUCCUGUUGCCAUAGCUUCUGAUAAUUUUCAAAUCUGUGUGGACACAAAACAUAUUCUGUUAUGAUAUGUGCAUCAAGACAUGUUAAGAUGUUAUAUUUUGUGAAAAUGAAAGUACUAUCAAAUCUUUUUUAUUUGUGUAGCUGUGUAGGCAUAUAGGUCAAUUCUUCAAGUUUUGUAGAUGUGAACAAUAUAGUUAUUUUGUACAGACUAUACACUUCAGUAUUUUAUAUUUCAUAUUAGUAUGUAUCUCUAUUGUAAAUGUAAAUAUACUAAAGAUUUAUGUAUAAAACGAUCAUUUCCAGAAGAUUUAUUUUUUAAUUAUAAGCAUUUUUAUAUUCUGUUAGAAGACGUUAUAAAGUCUGCCUUAUUUUAAGUGUAACCUCAAAUAUAGAAAUUCACUUCAUUGCUGAAGUCAUGUUUAAUGGUGAUAUUAUUUGUUGUACUCAAGACUUUCAGUUAAAUGAAGGAUUAUGC